AACAUCCUGUUGUUUUAUUCGAGUCUUCCUGCGUAAAGGUUACUACAUGUUGAUCAGUGUUCACGCAGACACACACAGAGCUCGCAGUGGACUAAACGACCAUGUCUCCUCACGUGUCCUCACCUCGAUUAAGGCCGACAUGGAGCCCGUCUUUUAGGGUCGCCUGCAUGGUUUUGAUGUUCGGUCGGCUGCAGGCACUCCUUCCCAGUGAAGCCACUCCUCUUAAACGCUUAGAGGAACAUCGCGGUCUGAGCAACAAUCCCCUCUUCCCAGGAGUCCUGACCACACCGUUAACCACAACAAGCAUCAGCGUUGAAGAGAAACCAAUAUCAAGCACAUGUGAAGCAUACUGCAGUAUGUGUGACGAGACUCCACUGUCGAGGGUUCAGUGCUACUCUGAAUUCCUUAAAAUCUGCAAAGUUAAUUUUGAGAGUGAGAUGGAGAAUGUCAGCAUCUCCGACUGGUGCACGUGGGACAACGUGAAAAGUCCCUAUAACAAGUUCACCAUGUGUUCGGAGGACAUCGCCGAGUGCCUGGCGCUCGCGUGGCCCAACAGGCUGGUGGAGGACAUGUUUGUGGAUAUCCACCUUUCCUUUUUCCAAGAGUGUCACACUGAGACACUUAGGGAUCCACCGCCUAACGUCAUCUUCGCCCUCGUCAUGACCCCUAUAUGUCUUAUCCCGGCCAUGGUGGUGCUCGUCGUGCUGAAGACCAAGAACGGAGACAGGAGCUCAUAAAGCUUGGCUCCAUUCCCUGGAUUAGCUCCAAGUCCCCCCUUUUCCUGGAAAACAACUGGCACUCAUGUCUUCUCUUUUUUUUGAGAGGGCAUGAGAUCAUUCUGUACAAUAACUAUCAAGAAACCCAGCAGUGGUCCUGUUUCCAUCUCACUGCUACAUGAAUUUUAGAAUAUUGUAAAUGGAAGUGCGAACAAUGGCCAGGAAUCCAGAUUUCAUACUGACAAGACGGCUGGGUUCACAUAAAUAUUUCGUAGGUGUUAACUUUCAGCUUUCUGAUUUGGUUUCAUUUAUACAGAGAAUUUCAGAUAAUGGGAAAAGAAUUGCCAACCAAACCCGGAUAGAAUUGGGUAAACGAAGGGGUAAGGUAAACCAAAUGAAGUUCCUGGGUAAGAUAAGAUCAUUUCUACUAUCCUUAGGACCAUGCUUUUGUUGCAUGGAAUCCUUACUCGCGAGGUUAAGCUAUGUUAGCUAACAAUAUAAUAUACCAUAUACCUAGCUAAUUAGCAUAGUCUCUCAUAGUCCUGAUGAAGCACAUAAUAUUUGCCAAAAACUUGGUAAGUUAUUAGGAAAAACUUUGGCAGGUGUAUCUCAUCACAUUGUAAGUUAAAUUUUCUUUGAAUCUGGCUAGUGCUUAUUAUUUCUCUGAUUGUCUUAAACUGCAAGGUGAAGUAAUGCGAGUAUCAGGUAGAGCUGUGCAAUCCAUAUUUUAUUGAUUGAUUUGAUUCGUUUAGGUUUUUCUGAUUCACAAUCGAUUUUACUUUUACAAUUAUUUGGGUAAUCAUUAUACUGUGAAGCGGUGUAAAAUUGGAAAUUUCUUGAAAAAUGCAUCGACUUUUUUCCCCUGCAAAACUACCUGUAUUUUGUGAGUAUUUUGUUGUUUUGAGCAGUUGGUGCAAUACUGCCACCUACUGGACUGGAGUGUGGUGCAAACGCCUGGCGGGAAAAACAAAAAUGCUUUUGCAUGAAAUAUGACAUUCAACAUAAAAAAAAAAACUCAGGUUAUACAGGAUUUCAAUACUUUAACUCGAUUUUAUACUUGUAAGGAUAUAGGUGCUUGAGACAAAUCAGAAUCGAAUUCAAUUGAAAAAGUGCAAUGCCUGAACACUAAAUCGAAUUGAAUCGAUAGUCUAUUUAUGAUGCAUAGCUCUAAUAUUAGGCCAGCAGGCAAGUUACUUAGUAACACGGCUUUGUUUUACAGUUUGAUCAGUCUUUCCACAUACCUGUUUUUCCGAACGAUCUCCUGCUGAGCAUUAGAUCAGUCGAUGUGUGUAGUGCAGCAGGUGGUGGGAUUUCAAAGCUUGCACUUAAGUUGCAUCAUCAAAGCGAAAUUUAAACAUAGAUACAUAUCAAAAGAAUAUGUUCUUUUUUUGCCAGAAGUCAGUAGGAACUAUUUUUCUUUUUCACCUUGUUGCUAGGCAGCAACGAAUUCAACAGUUGUAGCUGGAACAUGAAAUCUGCCUGUCACGGGUGCUCAGGACACUGAAUUCUCCAUGUAAUAUGUUCUCCCAAAUAAUCGUUUACAGUUUUAUCAGGUUGAUGUGAUUAAAAAAAAAAGGUUUCUCAGUAGAAAAAUUACAAUUGCUUUAUCUUUUAGCAGAUGUUUUUGAAAUUCGCUCUGCAUCCAUGUAUGGAAACAGCCGCACUGGAGCAAUAUUUAUAUAAACAGUGUUUGGAUCUCAUUCAGGUCAACAUCAUUUUUGUUAAAAUUCAUUCUCUUUUUUUUCCUAGCAAACAAAUUAGAGAUCAUUGAAGGAAUUUGUUUGUGUUUGAUCGUGAUGAAGCGUCUGAUCGUCUAACAUCAGUUUAUUGUAAACGCUUUUUCAUUCUUAAAUCUCGAUGCUGAUAUUAACAUUAUAACGCUGAGUGCGGGUCCACCCCUGUUAUUAACACCUUUAUAAGCCACUGAAGCCUUACUUUAUGUACUGUAAGACUGUGUGUUUUUUUUUCUUUUCUUUUCUUUAUAAUUUGUAUUUUUAUGUGAAUUUGAGUGUCAGUCGAUUGACAAAGGCCCAUUUGCUGGCUCAGAUAUGAUUAUGAUGAAUUCGUAAUGCGUAUUUUAAUGAUUUUUCUUAUGACCCAGGUCACAAUCGGUGGCUAUCGAUUUUGUAAUAGGACGACUAGAGGAGAAAUUUCACCCCAAAUUUUUUUCCCUUUCAUAUUUAGCUCAUGGCACUGAUACAGGACAGGAAAAAAAACAACAAAAACAAAACAAACAAAAAAAAGCGCAGUGCUGUGCUGCGGUGUGAACUUCUCAACUAUGCUUCCUGGUUUGGAAAGGAAACAGACUAUAGAGUGGAAAGUUUGAUGAUCGUCCAGUUAAAUCCAGGGGGAUUGGGUUGAUUUUGAGAUCACACCACUUAUUUUGUAAUAUUUGUGUUCACUUUAGAUUCCAGUACCAGGUUGCAGUUUCUCCAACUAUUAGUUAACACUAAUCUUAUCUUUCUGCCAGUCAUGCAGACACCUCUUUAUCUUGCUUUGGAAUUCUUUCCAUGCAUGGCUUUAACCUCAACAAUGAAAGGAAGAGCUGUGUUUGUUUAGAUUAGUCUAACAAAGGCUACGGUCACACUACAAGCCACAGUGUUCAAUUCUGAUCUUUUUUAAUCAGAUCGGAUUUGCAUGUCAUGAUGAUUUACAUUCAUAAAUACAAUCGCUUUUUAUUUGACCCUAAUGUGGAUGUGUCUGUCCACAUUAGAGUCGACACAUGGAUGCAUCUUCGCUCGCGCCAUCAGGGUUAAAACACAAACAAUUGUUGAGAUUUUAGCAAAUCUAUGCUUAAGGUUUUGCUCUGCUGGACGGCAAGCAGUUACUUGGCUGUCAUUGUUGAGAUCCAGAAGAACAAAGAAAGCCAGACACCUUGCCUUAUCUGUUUUAGCAGCUGUUGCUAGCACUGUUCUGAAAUCCCUACGCUGCUACGAAGACACAGAGGCAAAAAGUCUGCCUGUGUCAUGAUACAUGUCCGAUCUUGGACCAGACAGACAGAGAUCUGAUAAGAAAAGCAUCUGUGCAUUUAGACAGGCCUAAAAAAUCUAAAAGAUCUGACAUGUUUGGGUAAAAAAUUGGAACUGAGUUACUAGUAAUGGCUGGUAAUGUGAACGUAGCCAAUAGCUUUAAAAACCUUGGCAAGCUUUCGACCAUAAUUUUAUUAUCAUAUUAAAGAGCUGUAGGACCGAGAUGAUUGAUAUCCAUACAGCCCCAUUUGCUUAUUUUAAUUUAUUUUUUUCACUUUUCUGGGAUUAAAAACAACAAUCGUUAAACACUAAUUUCUGUAAAACAAAAAAACCCAGAAUAGUAUGAAGUAGAGACCAGAGCUGAUUUCUUUCUAGUCCAGAUUGUAGAUUUACACAGUUAAGUUUAAUGACCGUAAUCAGCCCUUUAUAACAAACAUAAACAAGAUAAAUUACUUUCUUAAUCAUACAGAGCACUGGAAAAACAAAAACAAACAAACAAACAAACAAAAAAAAAAAUCUUGUUUUCUUCGGUUGCCAGCGUGACGCAAAUACAAAGAAAAAAAAAUGGGUGAAAUUUCCUUAAAGGAGCAACCAAACCACGUAAACAUCUCAAUUUAUGUAUCUCAGAUGUUUAUUUUUUAUGACAAUGCAGCAUUCCGUCGGUCAGCAGCUUAGUGAAUUUUUUUUAAAGGGUUAAAGAUUAAGCGUAAGCCGCAAGGGUGCACAUUCAAAUCCCACGAACGCCCCUGUUGGGUGCCUGGGCCAGACGAUUAACCCGCAGCCACUCAUCCGUGUAGUCGCUUUUGGAAAGUUCUGACCGCACAGCCGCUUUGGUGUAACAGCCACGGUAAUUUAACGCGGCAGAGGUGAAAGGUUAAGGGUCAGGGAGGUGGCGUGGGAAGACUCUUAACUGGAAAACCAGCUGGAAUGAAGGCUUACCUGUGUGAACCUAUAAACGAAGUUAAAGGUCUUAAUUCCGGGCCUGACAGUGGGACUGUGAAAAUGAAAACCAAAUGUUAUGUUUAUGCUUAAAAAAAUAUUUUGCUGUUUUAUGUAAUGCAAAAGGUUGUCUUUGUGUACUUUGCACAUUUUGUUUUUUUCUAACGACUAUGAAAGUGUACGCUUUCGUUGAAUCUGUGUUUUAUUGAGCUGCUCUGUCCUGUAACAUGGCCUCACUAACAGUCUGUGAAUCUUUUUAUACUGUUUCUCUGGAAGCACUUAGACGUACAAUUAAACAGUGUCUUUUAAAUACGA